AUGCUGUCGAGGAUUCACGUCCAAGAGUCAGCAAAUCUGCUACGAUGCCAGUAUCAGCGCGUGCGCGCGUGCGGGAAGGGCGAGAUGUUGGAGGCGAAGCUGGAGCCCAGCGUCAUCGGCUACAACCCCAGAGAUGUGCUCGAGGCAGUCGUCGCCAUCGUCCUGCCUCAGCGGCAGACACAGCUGCUGGUUCCACAGAUCGCAUGGCGAGGGCGUGCUGUCCAAGUGGCUCCGACCCUCGGAGCGGCGCAAGUACACCCUGGACUUCGACAGUCGCAUACUGUACUACACCACCGCCGACGGGACGAGGAACGUGUCCCUGCCGACUUCGUUCUCGGACAUCCUGGGUGCAAGCUUAGUUUCGGAG